AUGGAUGUCACCUCACCUUUGACUAGAGACAUUCAUGAAUCAUUCCAGCCUAAAAUAGUACAGCUCUAUGCUAAUCUCCUAGCAUUACACCUGCCUGAUGCAGAAGAGGAUCACAUUCAGCCAGAAGGCUUCUGGAGGGAGUUCUUUCUGCUCAAACCUGCAAAACAGAAAUUCUACGACAUACUCGAGCCACUGACAGCUGAUGAUCUGCUUCAUAUUCAGAAUCAGACCAGGAACUUCAUCAAAAGGUCGAUAUUAGAGAUUAAUUCAAACAAGGAGCCACAAAAUGGACAUGCUUUGGACAAUCUCACCUCGUUCCUGGCAGCAGUUCUUGCCAAGAAGUAUGCAAAUCCAAGCACCGAUAUUAUUGAGGUAGUCGCAGGUCUAGAGGAUGUGGACAACGUUAUGACCGAUAUCGUCAAUGGUCUUGACACAAUCAUCAAUAAGAGCACAUCCGCCUCCUUACGGAGGAAAGCCAUCGAUUGCGCAAUAGCUGCCGUUGCCGGCUCAUACCAGACCAGUUUGGUCACAUAUUUCAUCCAUCAGGACUUCUUCCACGGCUUGAUGAAGUAUGUGCAGACAGUGCCUGAGUCAGCCCCUGCUGCCCUGUGUCUGCUUGGCUUGUUGGCAAAUUUCAACAAAUUCGAAACACAUAAUGUAUACCAGAACCGUAUGGAGGACUUUAUCAACGAGGACAUCAUGGCCAAACUGGUCGAAGGCUUCGCCAAUACCUGUGGAGAUAUCAGAGACGCCUAUGUUGCCAUUCAAGACGAUACACCAGUACAGUGGUCUCUUGGCUCAACCCUCUCUUAUGUCGGCCUCCGAGCCCUGACUCCUGAAGCAAAGAAACCAAUACCUCCGACCGAAGACGAGGCCAAGGUUCUCUUCAACGAUCUGCCUCCAGCCAAUGCUGUGAUCUUCCUGACCGUAUACUGCUUCGUUCAAGCCAACAACGUUUUCGCUUCACUACUGAUAGCCACAGACAAGGAUGAUGAUCUAGAAUCACGACUAGCUGCUUUCCUCAGUGUAUCAUCUUAUCUAUGUCACCAUGCAUUCAGGUCUACCAGAGUUCAGCACUAUUCACUCAUGACCCUCUUCACCAUCCGCUUACUCGUCGAAGACUCCGUCCUUGCUAAACGCCUUUCCUCGACCGAUCUCAAAAUCACCGUUCGACUCGCUCGCCAACGUCCACCACACCUCCCAUACCUCACAACACCACGACCACCAACCUGCGUCGUCCUCGACAUCCUCACCGAUACUCUAAGCCACAACCUUCGAAAACGCCUCAAUAUACCCCUCUACUCUACAACCCUCACCAUCCUCCACGCAAUCCUCACACAACUGUCCAGCAACCGCAACCGCCUCACCCACCACUGGUCCUACAUCUGGCUCUCCCUCAUCUCCCUCCUCCGCUUCAUGACCACCUACUCCACCGACCUAAUCCAAUCAGCCCGCCUCACCGACCUCCAAUCAAACAUCAUCCUCCCCCUAACCAGCAUUCUAACAUUCUCCCUCUUGCGUGGGGACAACUUCCUCCCCGACCCGCCCAGCUACGACGACCUCUUCUACAAACUCCUCGAAUCAUCCGAGACUCUCGAGAAAUUCAAAUCAGCCUAUGAGAUCGCCAAGCUGCCCACGAGCGACAAAUUGAGACGUGCCACCGACGCUUUGAUAAGUAUAUCAGGGCAUUAUCAGAAUUUACUCUCAUCGUCGAAGAAGAAAGUCCAUUUGUCACCGAGGGAGAUUCAGAAAUUGAUUGGAGAAGGUCAUGAGACGCUAGGUGAUGUUGUGGACAAUAUCAGUACGACUGGGAGUGUCAAAGGAAGGGGAGGAGUGACAGCCGGAGCAGAAGAAUUCGGUCACUAUGAGAAAUGGAGGGAGAGUGCGUGGAAAGUAGAGAUCAAGAAGAUUAUUAGAACAGUCGUGGAAGAUGCGAGGAUGCUUGCUUUGCAGUAA